AUGCCGACCAUUGUCACUGUCAUCCAGGCAUUGGUUCAUUCGACCCUUCAGAAUUCAGAGUCAGGAUUUACUGCUAUGUCUCGAGUGUUGGAGGAUUCCAAGUUUAUUGCUUCGAAUUCAAAGGAUGUCCAAGUAAACGCAGAAGGAUGUUAUCGUGUUGCUUCCUGGAUUGAACACCAGUUGGACAAUUUAGGGCCAAAGUUUGCAAAUUGGCAAGACCAUGAAUUACACCCUAAAUCCCAAGACGCACAUACGUUGGACUGGAUCUUCUUGAUUGAUAUUUUAAACUUCUCGUUUUGGUCUGAUGCAGAUACCAGAGAUUCAGGCAAUCAUCCUGCUCGAUUCGGUGUACGCUAUAAAGGAAACCUGUACACAGGAUAUUGGAGUCUUUGUGCUGCCGUCAAUAAAGCCCUAGACAACGAUAUCCCAAUAACUAAUCCAACAUUUUAUGCAGAUGAAGCUCGUUGUCCUGAUGACUUAAUUGCUUCCAUUUUUGCUAGCGACACAAAAGAGCCAGUUCCCUUGUUAGCUGAGCGCAUACGAAUUAUGCGGGCAAGUGGUAAAGCAUUGCUAAAACAUUAUCAGGGACGAUUUGUUCACUUGCUGGACAAAUGCGAUCACAGUGCUCAAAAGUUGCUUGGACUUCUUUUGAAGAAUUUUCCCGAUUUUCGAGACAUUUCACUUUACAAAGGUCGUGAGUGCUACAUAUUGAAGCGCGCACAAAUACUGGUAGCUGAAACAUGGGCAUGUUUUCAUGGAAAAAGCUACGGAAGAUUUGACGAUAUAGAUAGCAUUACUAUGUUUGCUGAUUAUCGGGUUCCACAAAUCCUUUGGCAGCUCGGAUGCUUGGAUUAUUCUGCUGAAUUUGAAGAUCGAUUGCGGAAAAGUCUACUGAUUGCUCAUAAUGACCCGAUGGAAAUAGAAAUGCGUGGAUGCAGUAUAUGGGCAGUUGAAUUGGUUCGUCAAGCAGCAAAUCGACAAAAUUUGAAUGCAAUUAUGAUUGAUUUUUUCCUAUGGGAUCUGGCAAAAGAAUGGCAAGCUACAGGAUAUUCCCCUCAUCAAGGAAGAGUGCUAAGCUCUGUCCCUUCAAUCCGAGUACGAAGUAUAUAUUAUUGA